UUUUGAGGAGAGAAGAAAACAUCAGAUUCCCAUAAUUUGCGGUGGUGUUUAUCCGACGAAGAUAUAGCGCCACAAUAAUGAAAAUCUGAAAAUCGAAAUAUUUAUAUAAAGCCCAGCACUUUCUCGGUGAUUCCCCUAAAACCCCUCUUGUCCAUUCCCUUCUCUCUCUCUCUCUCUCUCUCUCUCUCCCCUUCACUCUGACUCUCUUUAAUUAGCACUUGAACCUCCAUAUUUGACGCUAGCUUCCCUGGAAGCUCUUUCUCUGCAUCGGAUCUGGGGUUUCUUCGCGUUCUUUUGAAGGAAAGGGGGAAAAAAGAAGGGAGGUUGUUGUUUAAACUUUAAAGGUUGAUUGUUCUUUGGGAAAGCGCAUGAGCCGUGUCGAACAAGUUAAAUUGCAUUCAAUUAAGCUGUCUUCCAUUUGUUUGCAAGUUAAAUUGGAAAGUGUUGUUUGCUUGAUGAAGCUAGAUAUCAAGUUUCACCUGUAAAACUAAUAUAUAUGUUGCAAAGAGGUAAUUCCUUAUAAUGGGUUGACUCCAAAGUUUCAAAUUUGGCUGUUUCCUUUUGAGGGGUGAAAAUAUCGUGGCUUUGAUAAUUUGGAGUGUGGGGAACAGGUUAACAAUUACGUUGGGUUAAUUGGUUGUAAUGGAUCAUAAGAGUCCGAGGGAAAAAGACUCUGAAGUUGAUCUUGAAAGUGGGGUGGUAGUUAGUGAAGAAGAUUCAAGCGACAGCCCUGUUUCGAGUGCUAAGAAGCAGGCAAAGACAUUAAUUUCUAAGGUUUGUGGUGGACUUUUGGAUGGAUCAGUUAAGGUUGAAGAGAGGGUCAGUUUGUGUGGCAAUGGGUCCAAUUCCAAUGGACUCUCCCCCGAGAAUUUGAAAGUGGCAACAAACAAGAUGUUGCAAGGAAAUGAAGGUACAGAUCACACAGAGAAGACACGGGUGAAGGAUAAGCGUAAGAAGACAAGCAAUAAAAAACCUCCUAAACCUCCCAGACCUCCAAGAGGCCCAUCAUUGGAUGCAGCGGACCAGAAGUUAAUCAAGGAACUCUCUGAGAUUGCCAUGUGGAAACGUGCAAGGAUUGAUCGGAUGAAAGCCUUGAAGAAGAUGAAAGCUGCUAAGGCAUCAUCUUCCAAUAGCAGCAUAUUUGCCAUGGUGUUCACCAUUCUCUUCUGUCUUGUGCUAAUCUUUCAAGGAAUUUCUUCUAGAAGAAGCUCACCUGUAAGCUUCGAGGGAUCUCCUGUGUCUGGAGGAGGAAUGGAGGGCAGUUUCAUCUCCGUUCAGUACUACCCAAAUCUGUCAUCAACUGCCCCAAAUGGGCCUGGUUCCGAGUCCCCCAAUAUCGUAGAGCAGGUUGCUGGUUCAGAUCCGCGGGAGAAGCUGAAAAGAUGGGCAGGAUGAUAUUGCAAUGUUGUUGCCUAGUCUAUCUGGAAGAACAAAUUUCCAUAUCUUUUGAAUCCUCAUGCAAGCCAUUGAUACUUCCACUUUUUUGUUUGAAUGGUCUACUGAAGCUGAUUUAUCCCCUGUAUGUACAGAGAGAGAGAGAGAGAGACAGAGAGAGACAGAGAGAGAGACAGAGAGACAGAGAGAGACAGAGAGAGGGAGGUUACGUACGAUACAAUUUUUAGUAGUGUUCUGCAGGUGAUGUCAAGUGCAUACUGAUAAGUUGCCUUCUUUGCAACCUGUCCAAAUAAAAUUAUGGUAAUUAUCCUACUAGUUUAGUUUUCCAAGAUUUAGAAUCGAAAUUCUUUUCCCUUGUAAA